AAAGGCAAAGGGCCCCUAAAAGAGUACUACAAUGGACUGAUAAAGAAACUGCACUUUAAACAUAUCCAGAUCUGUACACCGUGGCUGGAAGCUGAGGAUUACCCAGUUUUACUUGGCUCAGCAGACUUGGGCGUGUGUCUCCAUAAAUCAUCUAGUGGAUUGGAUUUACCUAUGAAGGUGGUAGAUAUGUUUGGCUGUUGCUUACCUGUCUGUGCAAUAUAUUUUGAAUGUUUACAUGAACUUGUGAAACACGAUGAAAAUGGGCUGAUAUUCAGGGAUUCAGAUGAACUUGCAGAACAGCUGAAGAUGCUUUUCUUGGAAUUUCCCACGCUGGAAGGCAAACUCCAUGAGUUCAGGAAAAACCUUCGUGCAUCCAAGCAGCUGAGCUGGGAUGAGAGUUGGGACCAGACUGUUCUUCCUUUACUUAGCCAGAGUGAAUGACUUUUAUGGGGAUAUUGUGUCAAAAAAGCUACCACUUGUAUGCACCUCCAGGACUGUCUUAAGUGGUGAAUAAACACUUGGUAUUGUUUGCAACUGUAAUUUUUAACUGAUCAGACACACCUUUUCCCUUACAACUGGAGCUUCUUGUGAGGGUAGUAGUAGUGCAGAAGGUGCAGCUGAGGUUCCUUGUUAUGUGUGAGUCCUUAGGGAAGGUGAGGUUCCUGUGCUGAAGAGGCUGAUCCUUGUCAUCUGCCUGCCUGUAUUACUUGCGAUGGGUCUCUAAAGCAUGGGAAGUUGGGUGACUUGAGGAACUCAUGUGUCAAGUCUGUUUAAUUGGGCUGCUUGGAGGCUUCUUGUGGCUGAAGGUAUUUGAAUACAUGUAUAAACUGCACCAGUUUUACCUCCUGUACAAGAAACACAUUCCUGGCUGAUUUUAUUCUGCAAGUGGGAAAUUUCUAUUUAAUUUGAGUUUUUGCUUGAAAUGAUGGUACAGUAUUUUUCUCUUUUUUCUUAUGGUUAACAUUCCUGGCUAGUCUUCCCUAGCCAUGUAUUUUUUUAAGUUGAGAUAGAACUACUUAAUUUCAGAGGUUUUUUCCUUUUUUUAAUUAUUUUUUUGAUAGUGUAUGCAAGAGUACAGCAGCCCAGCUGCUGGUAUGGGACAGCUUUAUUCAACACUGAGAGGAAAAUACACCUUUCAGUGACUGUUGUGCUCAUAUGCUGAAGUAAACAUGCCCAUUUCCCUCGAGAAAGGAAUGCAUUUUAUGUAUUAUUUCAAUAGAAUAGAAAAGGAAAAAAGAUGAGAUUAAAGUACGAGUGAUGUAAUAAAAGUGCACUUCACUUUCUGAGCAGUCA